UAACUAUCCCACAAGCCACAACUCCAGCCUCACCUCCACCCCGCCAUCGCUGACGCAGCUUGAACGUCCACCCAAGCCGACACCGAUAUAGCUUCCAGUUAAUACAGGAAUACUCACAAUACCUCGAGUCGCACGGAAAAUCACCUGAAACCAAUUGAUAAUACCGAAUUACCAAGAUGUCAAUUAUCCAGCAGCAUACGAGCGCGACGCUCGGUGACGCAUGGCGCACCAUCAACAUCGACGCCUUGAACGAAGACUCCAGUGUCAACUUCGACACCUCGACUCUGCAUCCCCCACAGCCCGAGAUCGACGAAGCGGAAGUGCGACAGCUUUCUGGGCAGAUCAGGCAGCUUCUGAGAGGCGGUGAUGCGGAGGGAGCUUUGAGGGGCAGCUUGGAGACUCCAGUAUACAACGGAACGGAUGCAGCCAAGGAUGCUCAUCUGCACACUAUCAUUGAGGUCCUCCAGUCGAUUAAGGCAAGCGACAUGUCCCCCUUACUGAAGAGCAUCUAUGGAUCUGAAGGUGGCCCUGAGUGCCUGGAUGUCCUGAUGAAGUAUAUCUACAAGGGAAUGGCUACGGUUCACCCUGGAACAGCUUCGCGAUCACCAAACAAGGUUACACCUCAAUCGACGGGAGGUUUCAGCCAGAUCGCUGGGCGACCUGGUUCGAACGAGCCCGCCACUGCAGCCAUGAGUGUGCUCCUGAGUUGGCACGAGAAGGUCGUUGAGGUCGCUGGUCUGGGAUGCAUCGGCCGAACAAUGACCGAUUGGCGAAAGGUUUAGAGGCCAGAUACGUGCUCGCGAUGAUGAGCGGUCAAGAAUACAUAGAAUCAUGAAUCCAAUUCAUAACCCGCAGAGUAAACCCCCGUCCGCGGAACAUAGCUCUGGUGUUACAUUAUUUACAUUAUACAAAUCAUCUGCCCUCUACUUUUGCUCCAAGACAUCUUUCAAGUUUAUGUCACCACUUCCUCUGGCCAGAGGUUGUGGCUGGUUUUCACCUUCCCGCCAUCCGAUCAUAUAAAUGAUUCGGAAAGUCGCGGGAAUAGAUCCAUCCGGGUUACCGUGAAGUUCCUUAUAGAUGGCAUCGCCAGCGAGGAGAACAUCGCGGGAAAUCGCACCCAUCUCCCUUCCGAGGACAGCAUUACCCUCACCCAUGGCCUGAAGAUCCUGCAUCAAAGCAAAUGUGUCAGGGUAAUCAACGAUGAUAUCAUCGAUAUCAACAGUCAACAUCUUGAAGCCAGCUUUCUGAAGCAGACCACCUAUAUCCUUGACAUCAGCCAAAGGAGAGACACGAGGAGACAUGCCACCUCGUCUUUCUGUCUCUGCCAGCUGUAGUGACGUUCUCAACUCGAAUAGUGUGUCUCCACCAAGCAUAGCGCCGAUGAAAGGAGAGUCAGGUUUGAGGACGUUGUUGAUCUGUGUGAGGAUACCGGGUAGAUCGUUGAUCCAAUGGAGACUCAAUGAGCUCAUCACCAGGUCAAAAGAAGCAGGCUCGAAAGGAAUCGUUUCUUCGUCGUCCACAACCGUCCGCGUGAUAUUAAGCUUAUUGUUGAACUCAUGAUCAGCAUCACGGUGAAGCAGUGAAUGAGAUGAAUCAGCAGCAACCAAUUCGUCAAUACGAGUCGCCAGUGGUGGCGACUUAGGUGUGUUAGGGUCAGGAUCAGGAUUCUCCUGGACCAAAGCUCGUGCGAUAUUGCAUGAAUUUGCGCCGAGAUCUAACACUCGAGGAAAUCUGCGUUUGAUGUCCUAUUGGUAUGUGAGAAACGAGUGUUGCUUCAAGAACAUGGUUACUUACUAGAAGUCUUUCUGAUACUCGAAUUGCAACCUCAUCCUUGAGGUAAUCAGCUUCCCGACUUUGUUCAGAGUUGGCACCAGCUCGCUCCUUUUGUAGCCAUUUUGUGUGGCGAUUGAAAACCUGGAAACGAGGCGCUCCAGCAGCUUGAACAGCAUAAAACCGUUGAUUUGAGAUGUGAUGAUAGAGAUUGGCUGGCUGUGACAGAGUCCGUAGACUACAGCGCAUUGCCAAUCGUGAAACUGUGCAAGAUGACAUUGCGAACUAUAUUCAAUCAACCUAUCUUUGAGCUUGAAAAGGAAUGUGAAGUUUGUUUACGUAGAAUAACGAUAACCCUCGAGUAUUGAUGCAAUUGAAGUCAUGAUGAAUUUGAUAGCUCUAUGGAAGCACUCAAC